AUGCCAGGAAUCUAUGGUGGUGAUGAGAUCAAUGCAGUAGUGCUAGAUCCUGGCGCAUCCGUAAUCCGAGGGGGAUGGGCCGGCGAGGAUCAACCACGUGCAAUGCUUCCUUCAUUUUACGGUUGGCUUCCCAUGACAGACGAAGAACGGAACUUGUAUGGCACAGAAGGCUUGAAGCAAGACCCAGGCCCGACUCAAGAUGGCGAUGUAUCCAUGAACGAUGUUGAAAAUCAUUCUAAGCCACCUGUACCGCGUGGUAUUUCUUUUGAUGCUUCUCGCGGUAGGAAACGUUUUUUGGGCGAUUCUGGUGUGUCAUAUUGGCGACGCGGGCUGGAAAUCGAUACUCCCUUCGACGAGAACGGUAUAGUCCAGGACUUCGACUCACUGCAUGCAAUGUCGAGAAAUGUUUUCGAUGCGCUGUGUGCCGAGCCAACUGAAAAUCCCCUUUUGCUCACUGAACCUGCUGAUAACCCCCGUGCAGCUCGUGGGAAAGCGGCCGAACUUGCAUUUGAAGGGCUUAACGUGCCCGCGUUUUAUCUUGCAAAUCGCACUGUGUUAAGCGCAUUUUCCUCCGGCCGUCCCACUGCUUUAGUAGUGGAUGUGGGCGCUUCGCGUGUCUCUGCGAUUCCGGUGGUAGACGGAUUUGUUUUGCGUAAGGGCAUUCACACCCAGCCCAAUGGUGGUGAUGCUGUAUCUCGCGCAUUAUUGUGGGGCCUCACGCACGAAAUGGGUGACAAAAAUAUCACUGGAUGGCUUGCUGACAGUAUCGUCCCACAAUUCCUCGUCAAAAGCAAGCAACCUUGUGAUCCUGGUAUGCCUGCCAAAGCCACACUUAGAGAAGAUCGUUUGCAUUCAACUACUCCAUCCUUCCGCAUGUACCACACAAUGCAGGUUCUCAAUGACUUUAAGGAGGCUGUGUGCCAAGUGUUGGAGGCACCUUGGGAUGAGGCUCAGGCAUCAGCGCGCCCCACAAAAAUGUUCGAAUUCCCCGACGGAUCUAACGAUGCAUAUGGAAUGCUUCGAUUCAAAGCACCUGAGGCUCUUUUCACACCUAGUUUGUAUUCUGUCGAUUCACAAGUACUGCCUUCUCGCGAGUCACCCUAUACUGGUUUGACCGACCUCAUCCUACAAGCAACGAAAGAAGUCGAUGUCGACGCACGCGCAAGCAUGUUCAGUAACAUCGUCUGUGUAGGAGGUGGAACCCUUCUUCCGGGCUUUUUGGAUCGUCUUAGUUACGAACUGAGUGUGGCAGCACCUAGCCAGCGAAUUCGUAUACACUCUCCUGGAAAUUACACUGAACGUCGUCACUCAACCUGGCUCGGCGGUAGUAUACUUGCAAGUUUGGGCACAUUUCAUCAACUAUGGAUCAGCAAACAAGAAUACGAAGAACACGGACAAGCCAUCGUGCAUGUCCGUUGCAAGUAG